AUGACCAACUUGGUGGUGUUGGAACGCAACCUUUGGCUGAGUUUAACUGAGAUCAGCGGCGCUGACAAGGUCACCUUCCUCGACUCGACAGUCUUACCCAAAGGACUGUUCAGUCCAGCCGUAGAUGGGUUUGCGGAGCGUUUCAUAGUGGCACAGAAGACUUUGCAGGCAGAGAACAAGCUCUAUGCAACAUCAGAAGUUAGUUCAGAUCAACACCUACAUCAGGAACUGUUGAAUAAAACAGAGACUCUAUUUCACAGACUUCUGAAAGAAAGACAUCACAAACUGAGAGCUGUAGAUGUUCUUCAGUUAACUGCACAUUCAUUACACUCCCAUGAGUCUUUUGCUGAAGAAGACCUGAUUCAGAGUUUCAUACAAAAACUACUGAUAACGGACUACAGAGCAAGAUAUAUUAAAACUAAAGACAACAAUGAGGAGGUUCACAAAGGUCAAACCAGCUAUGAUUCAUUUACAGAAGUGGCUGAUUCUGAUGAUUUUUUUCACAAUUUAUGGUCAGUGUCUAAUGAAGAAACAGGUCGAUAUGAGAAAAUUCACCCAAUGGAUGUUCAGAUGGCAGUGUUUCAUUGUGCUGAUAGUUUCCUGAAGCAGCUGAUGGUCACUAAACUGUCCCAGUGUCAGUACGCUCUGCCUCUGCUUGUUCCUGAUCCAUUCACUCAACAGAUUGAGUUUCCUCUCUGGACAUUCAGACAAAUCAAUAAGAGCUGGAAGAUGAGAAACAUCAACAAUGAAAUCAUCAGUCAAACCCAGCCAAUCUACAAGGCAAAAACUCCAAUGGUGUUUUUCUUCAGGUUUGGCUCUGUGUCUUCAUCCAAGUCUCAGCUGAUGAACAGUCUGAUCAAUGAGAAACACAACACGUUCUUCCACCGGAACUGUCCCGGCAGCAGCAAAAACAGAGUCCUGAUGGAUGGAGUGGUGGAGAUCGCCUGGUUCUGCCCUUCUGGAAGAGACACAGAUAAAUUCACUGAGUGUGUAGCAUUCUGCAAUCUACACGGUGAUGCAGGAGACCAUGAGAAACAGCUGCAGAUCCUCACUGAAAUGAGCUCAGUCAAUGUUGUCCUUCUACCACAACUUCAGAGGAAUGACAGAAGCAUGACAAAACUUCAAGAACUCUAUAAGGGAUCAAAGCCACUCAUUUGUCUUUUUACUGAGGAUGAAUCUGCUGUAACUGUGUUGAAGAAAAAAUACCGGAUUGGUCUGAAAGACAGAAAUCAGUCAGAUGUAUUUGAAGAACUCAGAAGAGGAAUAAAAGAUUGUCUCUCAGAAUCCUCGUCCACUUUCAAACUUGAAGAUGUGUCCAAACAUUCAGACAUCAAAGUAGAUGAGGAAGAUGAUGAUGACUGCAGGAAAGGAAGAGAAGCAGCACAGCAGAUGAUGAGUUUACUGGAGAAGAAAGAUCUGACAGAAAUUAAAGAAUCAUUUCUGCCUCAUCAGGGGAAACUGUGGCAUCAGUGGAGUCAGAUGAACAAAGAACUACAUCAAGCUCAAGGAAAUGAGCUAGAAAUGGACAUCAGCAGAAAACAAAAGGAGAUGAAGAAUAUCCGUGAGAUGCAGCACAAAACUGAUAUCAGCGAGUUUAUAAAGUUCUUCAUUAAAGAAAUUAACUCAGAUACUGGACAUAAGAUGUUUUUCAUUAAAUGGUUCGGAAUACUCCUGUAUGACUAUACAUCAGCUGACUUGUUUGUUCUUCAUCACAAAUAUUAUGAAACGUGGUCAACGGUUUUAAAACUAAAAGAGAAAAAUAAACUAGAAGAAUUGACACUUAAACAAACAGAACUUGAGAGAAUAUCUGAGGAUCUUCAAGCUGCAGCUUUUGGUUUGGAGCACAUCAUGAGGGAGAUCGGUCAGAUCUAUGAAUCAUGUUCAUCUGUGAAGAAGAACAAGAAAGACCUGCAGGUUCACUUCUCUUCUCUCCCGAGUCUUGCAGCUGAGAUGAUGAUCUCUGGAUUUCCACUGGAGCUGAUGGAUGGAGAUGCUGCUCAUGUUCCUGUGAUCUGGGUCUCUGCUGUUCUAGAUCAACUCAUCCAGAAACUGGGAGACCAGAGAGUCUUUGUGCUGUCAGUUUUAGGGCUUCAGAGCUCUGGGAAAUCCACCAUGCUGAACGCCAUGUUUGGACUUGAGUUUGCCGUCAGUGCUGGGAGGUGCACCAGAGGAGCUUUCAUGCAGCUGAUCAGAGUAUCAGACGAGAUGAAAACACAGAUGAACUUUGACUAUAUUCUGGUUGUAGAUACUGAGGGUCUACAUGCUCUAGAACUGUCUGGAAGAUCAACAACUCAUCAUGACAAUGAACUUGCCACAUUUGCUGUUGGUAUUGCAAAUCUGACCUUGAUCAACAUCUUUGGAGAAAACCCAUCUGAGAUGCAGGACAUUCUUCAGAUUGUUGUUCAGGCCUUAAUGAGGAUGAAGAAGGUCAGACUGAAUCCCAGCUGUGUGUUUGUGCAUCAGAACGUCUCAGACGUCACAGCUGAGGAGAAAAACACAGAGGGAAGGAGACGACUGCAGAAGAAACUGGAUGAGAUGACAAAAAUAGUUGCUAAAGAUGAAGUCUUUGAUGCAAAAUGUUUCAGUGAUGUCAUUAGAUUUGAUGUUCAGAAUGAUGUAAAGUAUUUCGCUCAUCUCUGGGAGGGCAGCCCACCAAUGGCACCACCAAACCCAAACUACUGUGAGAACAUUCAAGAACUAAAGAAAAUUAUUAUCUCGCAUGCCUCAAAAUCACAUGGAAUGAUGGUGCAACACCUAAAACUUUGCAUUAAAGAUCUCUGGGAAGCUAUCAAAAAUGAACGAUUCGUCUUCAGCUUCAGAAAUUCUCUGGAGAUUUCAGCUUACAGGAAACUGGAGACAAAAUACAGCAAGUGGUCCUGGAGUCUUCGCAGUGCCAUGAUGGAAAUUGAGAACAAACUAUACAAUAAAAUAGAAAAUGAAGCAAUUCAUGAGGUUGAGGAAACUGAUCUUCAAAAUGAACUGAGGAAGACAAGUGAAGAAGUAGAAAAGUCAAUGUCUGAAUUCUUUGAGAAAGACAAAGAUAAAGAUAUACUGAUUCAGUGGAAAACAUCAUUUGAAAACAAGAUCAAAGAGCUUCAGGAAAAUAUUGUUAAAGAAACAAAAAUGAAAUUAAAUGGGAUUCUUGAUACUCAGAGGACACAUCAUGAAAACACUCCCCAUGAAAACAUCAAAGUACUUGUCUUAAAACACAAAGACAAUGCAAAUAAUGCAGAAACACUCAAGAAAACGACUGAAGCUAAGAGAACGGAUCAUGAAAACACUCUUUACGAAAAGAGCAAAGAACUCUUAAAACUCAAAGCAAAUGAUGAAGAAACACUAAGGAAAGAGUUUGAUUUGUUUUGGGCGCAGACUGUUGAUGAAAUUACCUCAGACACACCUCCAAUCAAUGAUAUUGACAUAAUGAGAGAUGUGAUAGAAAUCCUCAGUGACAUAUAUGAGGGACAUCUCCCUGCUGACCUAUUUAAAGAGGACAUCGACAUUUUCACUGUGCCAGGUUUUUCUAAAUAUGUUUUCAAAAAGUCCUCAAAAAGGGGGUUUAAAGGGUGGGUGAUGGGUGCUUGGAGAAGAUUCAUAAAAAUAUUUGGAUUUGCAAAAACUUUGUCUCCAGAGAAAGAAGCUCAAAUUAGAUCAUUAGUCUCAGAUGUUGACCAGCAUACAGACAAAAUGAUUCAGUCAUUUAACAUUUCAAAGAUAGGCUACAACAUCAGCUGCACUAGAAAUCUCAUAGAUUAUAUAAAUAAAAGAGUAACAGAACAUCAGGAAGGACAAGUGAAAUAUGAGUUCAAGGAUGAAUUCUUUAUCGAUUUGGUUCUUUCCAUUUGUAAAAAAGCAAACAAGAAGCUCACCAACCAACACAUCAUUUUCAAGGAAACAACAUUCUCUCAGAAGAGAGAAGAGUACUAUAGUAUUUUCCAGACAUACUGUCAUGUAGCAACUUCAGUUGCCAUUUUUGGUGAGAUCAUCUGUCAGAAACUGAAAGAGCCCAUUGAGCAGAGUGUCUACAAGAAGACUGCCAGAGAUCUGACAGAAGAAAUGAGAACAAACUGUGAAUCACUGAAUGGAAACAGAUCAAAUCUGGAGAAACACAUCCUGAAGACACUGGCAGAAGAGGAGGAUUUUGACAAAUACAUAAACUACAUUCAUAAUCCCAGAGAUCACUUCAAGAGUUUCAUCAGAGAUGAAGUCAGUCGGUACAUCAAUGGUAAGUUCAGUCUCAGUGUUUUACCCAAGAUGAAGGAGAACAUUAAACUCCUGCAGCAGAAGAUCAUGAAAGCAGCUCAUGAAUCCACUGAACAUGUUCAAGUCAACAGUGGAGAUGUUGGUUUAUGGUUGAAGAGUUUCACACAGCAGCUCUCAGAUGCGCUGAUCUUCUCUGAGAAAGACCUCAGUGGAGUCAAACAUGAUGAUGUUGAGGAUUUCAACCUCCUAGAAGAUGUGAUAAGACAAGAACUUUCUGCUAUAAUAUCAGACAUCAGCAGUAGAUUCAACACAAAUACAUUUCCAGUAAAGUUAGAAAAUAACUUCAGACCAGAUGAGCUUCUGACUGAUCACUUCUCUCAGUGCUGUUGGGUUCAGUGUCCAUUCUGUGGAGCCAUCUGCACCAACACUAUAGAAAACCAUGAUGGAGAUCACAGUGUUCCUUUCCAUCGUAGCAUUGGUCUGAAUGGAAUAUAUACAUCUAACUUGUCUACUAAUAUCUGUUCAUCAGCAGUAGCAAGCAACAAUCUAUGUUUUUAUCCCAAUGACUCAGAUGAUAAAGUUCUCUGGAGAGAUUACAGAAGAGCAGGAGGAGCUUUUGCAGACUGGAGCAUCACCCCUGAUCUCUCUGAACUGCCCUACUGGAAGUGGUUUGUGUGCAGAUUCCAGAAAGAUCUGGAAAAAUACUACAAAAAAACAUUUGAGGGUUAUGCUGAGAUACCAGAUGAAUGGAGACAAUACUCAAAACAGGAGGCUAUCGAAAGUCUGAAUAAGUACCUUUAAAAGAAACGACAUAGAAUGAGACUCUUACAUUUCUCAGAUUCUCCUGAGACCACAGAAAAUGAGUUUCUAUGAAAUUCAUCAUUGAGUCUCUGGAGUCAUUACAUCAAAUAAACUAGAAGAGGUUUAAAGACAAGAUUCAAUUCCUUAUACACGCAUGUGUGAAAUUAUCUUAUCUUCAAAACAAUAGGAAUUCAUGUCUAUGUUUCAUGUUUGAUGUAUAUUACAAUUUAUUACUAUUUGACCGCUUAAUCUUUAUGAUCAACCAGCUAUGCCUUAAUUAAAGCUAU